UCUUGUAUAUCCGCAGACUCCAAUCAAUAACAGCAAAUGAAGCUGUGCGACGCACCGGUCCAAACGAUGCAUCCGAUGAUAGCCCUGUACCAUCUGAAGACGCCUGACUCCACGCGCAUGCCGGCGCGUUUAUAGCAGCACGAGUCCCACUGAAUCGUGGACGAGAGCAGGAGAAGUGAACGAGAAAAGCGUAAGGCCUUUGUACAAGCGCUGGGCCUCGCACGCGCUAAAUCGCAGAGAUGCAACCUGGCAGCGGAGCUCAGGCUAAACGGGGUGGAGCCAGGCGGAGAGGACCGGCAGGGGGCCGGCCCGUCGACCCAAGCCGGGCCGGGCACUGGAGCCCAGGGGAGACGCCGGAGGGGAUGGCCACUGCCAGAAGCAGAGAAGCUGCAUACUCACAUGCAUACACCCUACAGAAGAAGAGACGGAACGCCACAAGCAGAAACCUGUGGCGCUCCGCGCGGAUGUCCUGGAUCCGCGCUGGGCCCCCCUCCCUGGCGCGCGGAGCGCGCCAGGGGCGGCGCUGGAGGCGCCGCCGUGGGGGGCCGAAGAAAUCCGCGCGGAGCGCCAAAAGUUUGUUUGUGUUGCCUUUUUUCUUCUUCGAAAAUACUUUGUCUCUGCACUGCUCUUGCCGUUCGGACUGUGCCGCGUCCAGCGCCUCCAGCCCAGGACUCGAGCUCGAGAGGAGGAGGAGGCGGCGGAGGGAGGAGGAGGGCGAGGAGGGGAGGGGGUCGCGAGAGAAAUGGCGAGGGCGAAGCCUGCGCAGGCUGCCUGCCAGCCCACGCAGCCCAGGCUCGUCGGACAACGAAGACCACCGCGCGGCGCGGAGCUCGGGCUCCUCGACGCCUCUGCAGCGCAGGCAGCGGCGGGAGCCCGGUCGCAGGUCCGACGGCCCCGCCGCGCUCGCCGAGCGGGACGGGGGCCCCGGCACCGGCCCAGCGGCCCCCGAGGCCGGGGCCCCCUUGACGACAGGCAGGCUGGCCCUGCACCGAGUCGGAAAAUCUGAUCGCCACGAGGAGUCGACGUGAGCUCAGGGGGCAACGAGGCGGGGGGGGAGGCCGCCAAUGAACAACCCAGGGGCCUCGAAGGGCCACACAAGAGACAUCCGUCGCGACAUGCUCCAGCGGCGGUGUUCUACGCAGUUUCCCCAAGACGGCGGCGGGACAUGCCCGGCAGCGCACUCGGAAAGGGGCCGCAGGCGCACGCCAGGCCCGGACUCGGAGCGCUGGAGCGGCCACUACGCUCGCAGCAAGCCCGCGGUGGCUGACUGAUCGCAUGUGCAGACGUGCCAGCGCACGACUCGAUGCGACUGCAGCUCACGGGCACUAGCCGACUGCGCUGUGGCAGUGCGGACACGCGUCGAGGGUCGCAUGUUAUGCGAUCCUCCUAUUGUGCAUGCAGGUGCUGCAGAUGCGCAUGCGACAUUCCUGGCACUCAUAGGCGUACGCUGUUAUAGGAUUUGAGCAGUUGUCGCAGGUCCGCAAACCACUCUUAGUCCGAGCCUUCUGAAACUCUCUGUAAACGAAGCUCUGCUUACUGCGGUGGUUACAUUCGUUACCAACACGGUUGUCGUGCUCUAGCUGCAGGCGCACGUCCAGCCUCUCUUGACGUCUCAGAGGGCGGCCCAGCUGUUCUUCGCGAUUAUUCUGCCUGCGCUCUUCCUCUAGUAACAAGUUCUGUUCAUCCCACAGUGGGCAAUCACAAGUCUUGGUGUUGUUCGACCAGUCGGCGAGACACGCGUAGCAGAAUUCGCAACCACAGCGGCAUGUAAUAUGGUUGCACCCGAGUCUCAAGCUGACGAAGUACGCACAGCCAGGGCAUCGCUUCCAUCCAUGCUGUGCCGCGGUUUCCUCGAAAACAACGUCCUCUGGUGAUGCAGGUUGAUCUGAGCAAGACGCUCCAGGAUGCCAGCCUGACUUGCAUUUACUGCACAAGGCCUCAGAGCACCUUGGGCACGAGAUCUCGGUGGCCCUCUCCAACGACAUCAGGUUGUCCAGGUCGAUGAAGCAGGAACAGGAUGGGCAGUACAUCUUGUGAGCUGCCAGUUUCUCCUGAACGAGGCGCAGGUACUGUUCGAACUCGCUGGUGUCCAGCACCUUCUGCACGAUAUCGGCGGGCACGCGAACUCCACAGCAUGACACUGGUAGGAGGGAUACGUCACGCAGUCCAGAACAACAAAGUUGCCUGAAGCAUUCAGGACACAUCGUAUGCUGCCGGCAAGGAAGUGCGACCAUGAACUCCAGAGGGAAAUUGCCGAGGCACGCGAGACAGCCGCACAUUUCCACAUCCUCCAAUGGGGGGAGUUCGGUGUCAUCCUGUAUUGUGUCUGGCUGCUCUCCGUACUCUUCAAUGCUGACAGGUUUUGAAUCGACGCUGCGGCGGUCCACCACCUCGCACCCCCCAGCGUCUAGUCCCUGUGCUGCUUCGGUUGCAUCUGUGCAUUCAGUCUCCGCAGAUAUCCCCGGCACGGUGACCUCAGGCAAUAGCGAUUCGCGUGGCUCUCCUGGAGGCCCUGUAGCCACUUGUUCAUCCUGGUCGCUGCCAUUGAACUUCAAAUCGGUCAAGACGUAUGCGGCGCCAUCCGGAAGCUCGUGCACGCACCUUGCAAAGUUGGCAUCCUCGGCCGCGAGUGCCUCCUCUUGUGCAAAUACAUUGAGCAUGUGCGCAUCCUGGUCAGAUGCGUUCGCCCAAUCCUCACUUAGCUUCAGCGCGAGAAGACGAUCAUUGUCCUCAACACGCCUCUGCUUCAAAAUGCUGUGAUGGAACUCCUGCGCAAAGAAACUAUCCCGGAGGUACCCCUCAAUGUCGUCUGCGAUAAGCCCCGCGACAAUGGUAUCUGCAUCCUCCUGUUGACAACGAAGCGCACACAGCAAAGAGCUGUCGUCUGCAACCUUGCGAAGUCGCUCUGCCAAUUGCCAGAAUUGAUCGAACUGCCCGCCCGCCAUGGUCCUGGCCUCAUCCUCACUAAGCGAGAGUAUGUCUUGACCGCUUAAUUCCUGCCCUGCGAACGAUGGGAAAAAACAUUGCGACUCUAACCAUUCCUGAGUUUGUGCUGCAUCCCAGUCUGCAGGGUGCAUAUGUAGCGCCAUUGCGUCUGAUGCGUUCCCGCGGACAAAGGUGGCUGCGACCUAAAGCCGUAUGCCGAUCCAAGAACGGCCCU